AUGCCCACACUAGACGGAAACACCUGGGGGAACUCGGACCCCUCGCUGGGGUCGAAGGAGGGCUCUUUCGAGAUUCCCGACCAUGUCCCCGGCGCAGCGCAAUUUCGAGCGCGCCAAGAGUUUGCAGCAGCGUCCAACGGGUCUGCACCGUUUGCCCGCAAGCUAGUAGGCACACAAAUCCCACAAACACGACACUCGCCGUCAUCGUCAACACCCAGAGAAUUCACACCGCUGCUGCGGAGCGUCAAAAAGUCGUUCACAGCCACGCAGCAGCAACAGGCGUCGUACUCGCCCACAAGCUCGAGGUUUCGAGGCACAAACAGAACCGGAGGACGUCCCGACCCGUUGUUGCCUUACGACGAGCUCUCGUACUCAUCCAACGAGUUUGACAAUAUGUCUGGAAUUCAGCGUGGCUCGCUCACGCCUCAACGGCGUCAGCAAAAGGGCCCCACGGCUACCAAGGGCCUCAACGAACUGCUGUCCGAAAGCAUGCCUCUCCGUGAACAGGAGACUCGAAUGAAGGAGCUCAGUAACGAGAACACCAAGCUCAAGAUCGACUUGCUUCAGGCCCGACAAGAACUCCAUCGCAACACACCGGCGCAAAUGAAGGAGAUCCGAGAAGAAGUGGUGCAGCUACGAUCAGACAACAUGAGCCUGACCACAGAGGUGCAGCAGCUGCGGGUGAUGCUGGAGGAAAGAGAACAUUACAUCACUCAGCUGGAGGAACAGCUGCAACAACGAGACGAAACCAACAGGUCCAUUAACAACAUCGGAGUUGAGGCCGAACUGGAGAGACUGCAGGGGCUGGUGGCUGACUCUGAGUACGAGGCCAACCGCAAGCAGGAGGAGCUAGACGGAGCUCUCGACGAAAUCGACACUCUCAAAGCCAAAUUUGAGGUUCUUGAACGAGAACGGGAGCAGGAGCGAUACAAUAGAUCAGUCGAUAGAUCUAUGGUAGAUAAGUCCAUGAACGACCAGACAAUGGACUCUACCCGAUCAUCACGCCUCAACUGCACCCUCGACCACAACGAUGCACGAUUCGAAAUUACCAAUCUGAAACACGACAUUGACCAGCUUGUUGCUGAAGUGAAUCAGAAGGAUGCUCAGGUUGAUCAGGCUCAGGUGAUUAUCCAGAAACUCACCUCGGAACUGGCUGCCAAGCGAGAGGUAGAAGCUAAUAUCGACCGGUCGCAUUCCACUACAGAAGAGACUCUGAGGCGUCAGAUUGACGAGUACAUUGCGCACAUCGAGCGCAUCAAGGAGGAGAAGGAGCGAGAUAUCAAAAUCAUGCAUGCAGAUCUUGACGCUCAUGUUCGAAGAGCCGAGCAUGACCAUGCUGUUGAGCUUGACAGAGCUCGUACUGAGAUUCAGCGACUCACAAGUGAAUUGGGUCUUAAGGAGUCUCAGAUUUCCGAGCUUCAGACUCAAAUGGAGCGGUACAAGACCGAGCUUGAAUCUGUUCCAAUGGAGAUGGAGCCCUUACGGGCAGCUAUUGCUCGUCUGGAGCAGGACAAGCUCAUGCUUGAGGGCACCAUUGCUGAUCUUGAAAUCCAACUCAAGCGUAACACUAUGCGGGACGAUGAUCGACAACAGCUAGCUGCUCAGCGUGAUGAACUCAUGCACCGACUCACUCAGGCCGAGAGUGAACGAAACCACUACCGUGAGAAUCUCGAGAGCCGAUCUCAGUACUGGGUCCAUGAGAAGGCUCUUCUUGAGAGUCAGCGGGAUAGCCUCCAGGAGAAGCUAGACAAUGUGGAUCAGAAGCACUCCAAUGGCCACACCCCAUCCCGAGGCUAUGCAGCUAUUGUUGCUCAGGAGCAAGAGAAGCUGCGUAUCUACCAGUUACAGGCCGAACACACUCGUGACGAGAUGCAGAAGCUGAUUGACACGCAGUACCAGGACCUGAGACGCCAGACAGACGAGCUCAACGCUGCCAGCAACGAGAUUGCGCGCCUGGUUGCCGUGGACAAGAAGCUGCAGGAGAUGAGCAACAACAUUGGUCUCAUGGAGCAGCAUUUCCAGGCCGAGCAGAACCGGCGGGCUCAUGCCGAGGAGAAGGGUCAAAUUCUGGAGCAGCAGGUGCGAGAGGCUGAGGAGCGGCUUCGAGAACUGUCGAAUCGACCUCCUCCUCCUUCUCAGGGGCCAAACGAGUCUUUCAUGGCCCUCAACAACAAUCUGCACGAGCAGAACCGAGAGCUACGAAGCCAAAUUGAUGCUGGGAACCGGGAGCUCAACGGCUACAAGAUUGAACUUGAGACUGCUACGCGACUUCAACAUGGCGCUGAGAAGAACGUCGAGUUCCUUGAGAAGCGUGUGGCCGAGCUGGAGCGGUCCAUUAGCGAUUUGCGAGUUCACCUGGCAAAGGUUGAGCAGGAGAGGGACGAUCUGGUGGUCAGGAAGGAAGAUGAGAACCCCCAGUCUUCUUUGGAGUACGCUCUAUGCCUUCUUUCCGAGAAGGAGGGCGAGAUCGCGGAGAUCAGAGCCACCUUUGCUGGCCAGAAGAAGAAGCUCGUGGAAUACAUCAAGAAGCUCCGUGACGGCCGUCGUCAGACUCGAUCUGAGAUUGUACCUCUUCAGAAGCUCAACCAAAUGCUAGAGAAGGAAUUGGAGGAGAAGGACGCUCUGUUGGCAGAGAAGGAGGCUGCCCUAGCAGACAAGAAGACUGCCUUGGAGCAGGCUCAGUCUGUAGAAGCACUUGAGGUCAAGCACCAGCAUGACGUUGAGAGACUGGCGGCUGAGAUUUACAGACUAAGAGGAGAGAGAGAUGUGUUGAGGAGAGACCUCAAGACGGCCAAGCGUGAGAGAGACGACUACGGGCAGAGAUACAGAGACUCUCAAGAAACUCAUCAGCAGGAGAUGGAGGAACAGAUCAGAGCUAUUGAGCAGAUGUCGCUUAAGGAGCCUUUCCGACCUACUACUGAUGCCGACGUGUCUACAGGAAGUCCGAGACACGGCUUCCAGCCUGGACCCAAGGCUAGAAGCCGAGGUCAUGUCCACUCAGACUACCUUGAUGCUGAGCGGAAUGGUUCUCGAGGCUCAUCUCAUCGAUAUGAGUCUUCGUCACAACCACAGCCACCCUGUCUGGCAGGUGUCACGUCUUGUCACAAGUGUGAGGACGAGAUUGAGUUCCUCAAGAGCGAGAUUGUCACGUACGACCGCGGCGUGCGGUUCGAAAUGUGCCAGACGGCGUAUUUACGUAUCAAGCUGCAGCGGUCUCAGGAGCUCAGGGCGUCUUUGGUCAUCCAGAAGGUCUACUAUGACGCUCUCGUUGCCGAGCUGCGGUUCUGCAACAGAGCUGAUCUCAAGCUUCUACAGUCUAUGGGUCUGACGCCGACUAUCAAGAAGAAGAAGCGAGCCAUCACGUUUGGAGCCGUUGCUCAGAUGGUUCUCGCGACGGUUAUGCUCCGUCGUCUGGGAGAGGAAUAUGCUGAGGACGAGCGCAAGAAGCAGCGACUCAAGGACCUCGCUGACACUUACAGCUAG